CGCGGCGCUAGGCGGGCCCUGCCGGUGAGUCCCAUUUCCUGACCUCUGGCUUGGUCCGCAGCUGGGCGGUGAGUCGGAGGAUGGAAGUGGGCUUAUCUGCCGUAACCUUGUAUCUCGCCAGCGCCAGCAGUCCUGUGGCGGCGACAACGAUGGAGCGGGAGCCAGCGAACCGUGCGGAGGGAGAAGCCGUGAAUGCCUCGGGAGCUGCGGCCGCCGCGGUGUUCAGGGAAUCGGCACAGCAGAUGAGUAAUGAAAGAGGCUUUGAAAAUGUAGAACUGGGAGUCAUAGGAAAAAAGAAGAAAGUCCCAAGGAGAGUCAUCCACUUUGUUAGCGGUGAAACAAUGGAAGAAUACAGCACAGAUGAAGAUGAAGUCGAUGGCUUGGAGAAGAAAGACGUUUUGCCUACUGUUGAUCCGACAAAACUUACGUGGGGCCCCUACUUAUGGUUUCACAUGCUUCGAGCUGCCACAUCCACCCUCUCAGUUUGUGACUUUCUUGGAGAGAAGAUUGCAUCUGUUUUGGGCAUCAGCACCCCAAAAUACCAGUAUGCAAUUGAUGAGUAUUACCGGAUGAAGAAGGAGGAAGAAGAAGAAGAAGAAGAAAAUAGAAUGUCGGAAGAAGCAGAAAGACAAUACCAACAAAAUAAGCUGCAGGCUGAUUCCAUUGUUCAGUCUGAUCAACCAGAAACACUGGCAUCCAGUUCAUUUGUGAAUCUCAAUUUUGAAAUGGAGGGAGAUUGUGAAGUAAUUACAGAAAGCAAACAAAAUCCAGUCUCUGUCCCUCUGUAGAAUGAAAUGACUAUCAGACGUCUAAGGUAGUUUUUAUACCAGGAACUUUCACAUUCUCUAUUCAAUGGGUCUUGGGACUUAAUACAAUUAUUUAUAUUUUAAAUUAUUAUCAGGAAAGGGAAGAAUGUUUCUUUAUUCUUAAGCUCUAUCUAGCAAAGGCCAGAUAUGAAAUUUGGAUCUUUGUAUUGUGCUUUUACUGUGUCAAAUUAAUGCUUUGGUUUUAAAAUGAUCUUUAAAAAAAGUAAGGACAUUCUAGAGCCUUAACCACCAACUAGGAAGAGUUAAAUUAUCAAGCUUGUCUUUGUGUAAGGAAAAAAGUAGGUAAGUUGUUGAUUAAGGCUAACUGGAGCUGAUAUUUGUGGUUUCAGAUUAAAAUGAGGAUUUUUCCCCUAGAUUUUCUCAUGUUAUGUCUUACAUUUAUAUAGCUAACCAUUCAUUUUAUACUAAGGAUGGUUUACUGAGUGUAAUAAAAGGAGCACGAUAAAAGCAUUUUGAAUUUUCUUUCCUUGAGAAUUAACUUUAUUUCGUGGGAAGGUGUUUGAGUUUAUAACACUAGAUAUUAAGAUGGGUUUCCAUUUUUAAUGAAGGUUACUUAAUCUUACUUUCUCUUUCAGUAGUUAUUCAGAUUUAAAUAACUAACUUUGAACAUGUUAAGAACACUAGCUAUGGGAUAAAUUUAUCAAUGUAUUUGUAUUCAAAUGGUAAUACCUAGUGAUUAUCCACAUGGCAUCCUGGUUAUGUCAGUCAUUCAAUCCUGAAUGCCUCCUCUGAGUCAAGUAGUUGCAGGGUGAUAUUGGGGGACAAAUGAAGACUUAACCCUCUAGGGGUUCACUGUUAAAUAUUGUACAAGGUGCAGUGGUGGCAUAAUGAAAUUAACUGUCAUUAACCACUUCGAAGUAGCAACAGUGGAUGGUUUGCUUGACCCAGUUGGCCAUCUCUGUACCCACUGUGCCAUUAGCAGACUUCACAAAAGUAUAAUAUGAAACUAAUUUUGAAAAUAUUCCCGUAUGUGUUCAGAAUCUUAUGCGGUAUCUGUAUGACUUUGAUUUAUAACUUAAUGUAAGGAGAAAUGUAUAUUUUAGAUACAGGGCUGCUAAAAACCUAUUCGCAAACUUAAAGAGCCUUUAGAGAUUAAUGGUUGUUAAUAGUCUUCUAAAUAGCAUUAAGUUCAAUCUUAAAUAUAUCUGCCUAACGUAUAGCUUCAAACAAACAACAUAGGUGCAGUGGGUUUAUUAUGGAAGUCUGUUAGCAGUGAGCAUCUGACCACUAAGUUCUUCAAUUGAAAUUUGAAGGAUUUAGGCAAGAUAAUUCUUUAUUUGGAAUCCUCAGUUACAUGGAUUCAUAGUAUGGUGGUUCAUGGCAUGUGAUAGUGAUCUUUUUAGUCAUGGGUAUAAACUAUAUAAUUUAGUGCUUAAAGGGUUAAUCUUCAGAUUAUAUAAUGUCAUCAUAAAUUGUAGUUUACCAGUAAAGAAUGCUAAUCUGAUGUGUUCCCCUUGUUUUUACCUUCAUUCGAGAAGAUAUUCAAACUCAUAUUUAUUUGGGUAUCCUGUAAAGGCAAGUGUAUCUAAAGGUGACCUGAAUUUUCUCUCUCUAGAGGCACCAGAUGUAAAGGAGUUGACUCAGAAACUUUUCUGAUUGUAGUAGAAGGAAGAUAAUGAUUUAUAAAGGCGUUACAUUUCUUGAAUUUUUACUUGUCCAACAGUGGCCAGUUUAUAAUGUUUAUAUAGAUAUUCACUGUGCCUUAAACUUUUAUACUUUUAUUUAUGCAGAAUAUAAAAUUUCCCAUAAAUGCAUUAAACGGUUUUGUCUUAUUUUUAA